AUGGCCGAACUCGAAUUCAUCACCCUCACAACUAAGCCCAGUGCUAAGCUUAGCUACACUUUUUAUAAGUCUACCGAGACACCCAGUCCAGCCCUGAUCGUCUUUUUGAACGGCUUGGGGCUCCCACAGGCUGCUUGGGGGGCAACCAUCAAAUCGCUUCAGGAAAAACACCAGGGAACUGGAUUACCAGCUAUCCUCACUUACGACCGGUUCGGCCAGGGACAAACAACCGAUGCCGAUCCAGCCAACGAGGGAGCUACGGACCCCACUCAUGGUCACGAUUGCCUCGAGGUCGUGAGGGAUCUUCGCCAGCUACUCUCUCAAAUUGCGGAAGACAGGCUGAAAAUUACGGACCUGGAUAGCUUACCGUUGGUUCUGGUGGCAAACUCAAUUGGUGGUGCUCUCGCUCGCCUUUACGCGCAAGAGUAUCCCGGCACGGUCGCCGGUCUCUUGCUUCUCGACAGUGUUCUGGCCAAUUCCGACUUUGUGUCUAUUUUCCCCGAUCCAGACGUCGAAGGCUUCGAUGCCGAAAGUCUCCCUUCUCAAAUCACACCCGAGGCCUUACGUGCUGCUCGCGAGCGUACCCGACGGAUUUUCCACCCAGAUGUCGGUAAUAAGGAAGGAUUGAGUCGAAAGAAUUUGCGGACGCUUCUGCCUGCAAGUAACCGGCCCAUCCUUCAAGGGCCCAAGGGCCAUCCCUUUGUCACCGUCGUCGGACAUGACUUUGAGACUUUCUCAGAGCAUUCGGCUCGGAUGGGUCUCCCAAAGCUUCUGUCUAUGACAUAUACGAAUCCCUACUGGCACAAGUAUAACGAAGGGUUGGUAAAGAUCACGGAGCCGGAGAAGAGUAAGGGCCCUCUGCUUGCGCCUGCCGCAGGGCAUUUCAUCCAACAGGAUGCCCCAGAAUUUGUGGCUCAGGAGCUCGCUGAGCUCGUCUCAAAGGCUCUUUGA